AUGAUAUUGGAACGUGAAUAUCGAAAAGGAAAAUAUUUGACGGCGGAACGACGAGUAAAAAUCGCUAGAAGCAUUGGUGUGCGAGAAAACCAGGUGAAAUAUUGGUUCCAGAAUCGUAGGAGUAAAGGCAGAAAAAGCGGUGAGCUCUUCAGCUAUGAGAAGGCAAAUAUGAACAAUACACCAAACAGUGCCGAGAAAGAAGGCACAAUACAAAGAAUAGUGCAGUUUUUGGAGAGCAACGGUGAGGGCGAACUCGUGGCGCAAACUAAUAUUUGUGACAUCAAGCUGAGUCCAUCAACGCAGCCGAUUAUUGGAUUUCCAUUGUUGCAGUGGCCCGAACAAAGUUCAAGCAGCGAGGAGUUAGAUGAUAUCUUUGAAGUUAUGCAGGAACAUUUUGGGCCUAUUUGCUGA